CAGGUCCGAAAGGUCGGAGCAAUGGCCAUUUGGACACUGUUUCCAGCUAUGGCCAUAACACCUCAAUACUUCUUGAACAGGAGGGGGGCGGCCACGGGCCUCACUGUCGCAGGCUCUUCGUUAGGUGCGCUUGUAUUCCCAAUCGUGCUGUCGGAGCUGUUGGAAACUGUAUGGUUCGGCUGGUAUGUUCGAAUCUGUGGCUUCAUCAUGAUGCCGGCUCUCAUAAUCUCAUCACCCACGGUCAGGGCCCGGCCCCUCCGCGAAAGAGUCGUUUCUUCAUCUGGGCGACAUUCCAGGAACCGCUCUAUCUUUGCCCGGUCGAUGACGUGUGUCUUAUGUUCGUUGGCAUGUUCGUUCUACUCUUCUAUCUAUCUACGUUUAGCAUCGACUAUGAUAUGAGCCCGGCGCCCACUCCGUACCUUGUCGCUAUCAUCAACGGAGCCUCGAUUCUUGGACGCAUCGUACCCGGGAUCCUGGGUGACAGACUCGGCCGUAUCAACACGCUCUUCGCUGGAGGACUUCUCACGCCGAUAUCGAUCCUAUGUUAGCCAAAGGCUGAGACCCAAGCCUCACUUAUCGAAUUCUCUGCAGCCGACGGUCUGACAUCUGAUGCUAUCAUCUCAGGCGACUCGGUGGUGUCUACGCUAUGUCCAAAUCACUAGAGGAUAUUAUUGGCACCUACGUGGGAAUGGGUAUUGCGUUUGCAUCCCUGUCUAUUCUUAUUGGACCACCUGUCAGCGGCGCACUGCUGAACCAUUUUCAUGGGUAUAACCAGGUCUCCAUGUUUAACAGUGUCAACUGUAUAGCUGGCAUUGUUCUUACACUUUGUGCGAAGCUAUUCGCAAAAGAGGGUCUUUUAGGG